AUGUCUACGCCCACCACGGCCGUGGCCACGCUCCCUCGCUACCAACCCCAUCGUCAUCCCCAUCCCCAGCAUCCUCCGUCCUACGCCGCCCACCAGAGCCAUCAAAGCCAUCAGCCUCGUCCGGCUUCCUCGGCCAGCUAUCGUCUCGCUGCUGGUGCCGCCGGAGGGGCCUCGUCACCCUUGACACCCACCAUCGCGACGACGACGACGACGACGACGACCGCGGGCCUGUAUCAGCUGGCUGGCUUCGACUCGUCAUCGCCCACAACCCACGCCGUCGUGGCCCAACAACCCUCGGCACCACGACCUCCUCCCCACAACACCCUUCAUCAUCAUCAGAAUCACAGCCAUCAUAAUCACCAGAACGACCCGGAAGAUUACGACCACGGACGAAACGCGAUAAUACGACAGAAGCAGCAGCAGCAGCAGCAGCAGACCCAACAGCAACAGCAACAGCAACAGCAACAGCAACAGCAACAACACCACCACCACCAUCACCAAUACCCUACUUCCGCUUCCGCUGCCACCGCCGCUGCCACUGCCGCCGCCGCUGCCGCUGCCGCUGUCGCUGCCGCUUCCUCCUCGGCAGAUAACAUGGCCGAGAACAGCCGCGACCAGCACUCAGCCAGGAAGCGCCGACGCUCCACCGGUCCGGACUGGCAGGAUUUCUACCGCAAUGGUCUCCCCGAUGAAAUCAUCGUCAUCGACGACGAUGACGAGCCUGCAACGCAACCUACCGCCAAUACCGGUCGCAAAGUUGCCACUGCCGCCGCUGGCCCCAGCAACCAGGUCGCCUCCUCGGCCGUCACCACCUCGUCGUCCGCCGCCGACCCCGGAGGCCCCUACGCCAAGAAGCGCAGGAGGGAUCCCGGUCUCCCCCCGUCCUCGUCACAGGCUACUGCUGCCGGUGGCCAGGGCUAUCACAUCCAGUACGUCGGCCCCGGUUCCGGCGGCUCGUCCAACACCCACACGCCCGUCGCCGCCUCUUCCACGGCCGCGACCACCGUAUCCAGCAGCGACGGUGCAAGUUCCGCUCUGAACACCACAGCCCCGACGUCGCUGUCGUCCAGCAGCCAGCAUGAGGACCUCAGCCACACCCUCAAGAGGAAACGCACCCGCCAGCAGGUUGCCAACGAGGCCAAGCGCAGGGACACGGACAUACUCGGGACGCGGUGCCUCACCUACAAACCCCCGCCUUAUCCUCCCAAGAAGGCCUCGGAUGUCACCGUUCGGACCGUUGCCGAUCCUCCUCACCUUAAGAAGGUCAAUGUCGACGACGACGAUGGUCACUACAUCGUCGUCCCUGACGCACCGCUCACCGAGCGCUACCAAAUCUCACGCUUGCUCGGCCAAGGUACGUUCGGCAAGGUCGUCCAGGCCCACGAUCGCAGACGUGGCAAGGCCGUCGCCGUCAAGAUCAUCCGGUCGGUGCAAAAGUACCGCGACGCGUCGAGGAUCGAGCUGCGCGUGCUGGCCACGCUCAAGGCCAACGACGACGAGAACCGGAACCGGUGCAUCCACCUGCGCGACUGCUUCGACUACCGGGGCCACAUCUGCAUCGUCAUGGACCUUUUGGGCCAGAGCGUCUUCGACUUCCUCAAGGGAAACGGCUUCGUGCCCUUCCCCAACAGCCAGAUCCAGAGCUUCGCCCGCCAACUCUUCACCAGCGUCGCCUUCUUGCACGACCUCAACCUGAUACACACAGAUCUGAAGCCCGAGAACAUCCUGCUGUGCGACAACCAGUACCAGACCUUUACGUACAACAGGAAGAUACCGUCGUCGUCGACGACGAUCAGCCGCAGUGCCACCCAGCGUCGCGUCCUCCUCGACACGGAGAUCCGCCUCAUCGACUUUGGCUCGGCCACCUUUGACGACGAGUACCACUCAUCAGUGGUGUCGACGCGCCACUACCGCGCCCCCGAGAUCAUCCUCGGCCUCGGGUGGUCGUACCCCUGCGACAUCUGGAGCAUAGGCUGCAUCCUUGUCGAGUUCUUCACCGGAGACGCCCUCUUCCAGACGCACGACAACCUCGAGCACCUGGCCAUGAUGGAGGCCGUUGUCGGAAGGCGCAUCGACACGCAUCUCGUUCAGAAUAUCAACAAGACCUCCAGCAGGAAUAGCAGCAACAGUGCAUCAAAGUACUUCAAACGUCUAAAGCUAGACUAUCCCAACGCCGAGACGACCAGGGGCUCCCGCCGAUUUGUCAAGGCUAUGAAGCAUCUCGAUGACGUCAUCCCGCCCAACAACACUUUCCUCAGAAACUUUCACGACCUCCUCAAGAAGAUUUUUGUCUACGAUCCAAGCCUACGCAUCACGGCCCGCGACGCCCUCAAUCACGCCUGGUUCAAGGAGAUGGCGUACAAUGAUGACGGUACGGAAGCCGCCAAGAUCCGACUAGAGAGGAUGAUGAGGAGUCAGGCACCGUCAUAUUCGUGA